GUUUUUCAAAACAUUUUCAAAAGAAGAAACCACCUUAUAGAACUUUUAACUUGGAAACCUUCAAGUUAAAGUUAAUCAAAUUUGAUUGAGAAUUUGAGAUUUGUCUUGACUCUUUGUUAUAACUCAUUACAUGCAAUAUUAAUAACUGAAUAUGUACAUGAUGGAAGACCUCAUCAAUGCUGUAAUUGUGACAGCUCCAAACCUGGCUCCCAGUUCUGCAUAUGUUUAUGAUGUGCUGACUGGUACCACCUUGCACAGCUACAAAGGACAGCAAACUGUCCCAGGGACACUAUGCACUUCUGGCCCAGAAGAGUUUGUGUUUGCAGCUUGCAAAGAGCGCUCAUCAGUGCUGACCUGGCAACUCAAUAGGCAUGAGUUGCUGGAUAUUCGACUCUUUUUGCCUGGUCGAGUGACGGCCAUGGACGUCUCUCCUACACCUCCUACCAUGCUUGUGGCUGCCAUUGGGGAAGUGAUGCACGUUUUCAACCUGGAGUCUGGAAGUCGAGUGCUGCUCAUCAAACGACAUUUUCAACCUGUAACAAGCAUAGCCUUCUUCCCUUGUGGUGCAUACUUUGCAUCUGCAGGUGCUGAUGGCUUCAUGUACGUGUGGAGUGUUGCUUCAAUAGUAGCUACUUCUGCUCAGGGUGAUACCAGACAGAACGUUCAACCUCACAAGCAGUUAGGACAGCAUUCUGAUAAGGUAACAUGCAUGCACGUGAGUGGUGGCACUGAAGGCCGCCUAAUCAGUGGGUCUGCAGACCACACGUGCCGUGUAUACGACUUGUACACUCUGUGCCUGCUGUACACCAUCGUGCUCAGCUGCGAGGUCACCGCCGUGCACAUGACUCUCAUGGCCACCAGGAUCAUCGUUGGCACGCAGGCUGGCCAACUCGUGCUGCUCGACAUCAGUCCUUACCAGACCGCCUCCACCAUCAGGUUGAGGGAUGAGCUGUGCAAUACGUGUCACGAGGGCCCCGUGAGCGCCGUUCAGUUUCUCCUCUCUGGCACCACAGUCGUGUCAGCUGGCGAAGACGGUGAAGUUAAGGUUUGGGCAGUCGAGGAACGCACGGACGGCGUGGCAGCUUCGUUCGAGCAACGGUCCGCGGGUGCGGAGGAGGAAGGCUCCACCAGACUGAGACUGACGCUCCAACGAACCCUGCACCGUAACAAGGGGCCGGUCUCCAACAUGCGUGUCUUGCUCAUAGACCGCAAGCAACUGAGUGGAGACUACGAGGACCGGCCCGGCGUGCAGGAGUUGGCGUCUUUCCAGCCCCUGGCGUGGAUGGACACGGCCGUGACCGUGCCUCCUCCACCCCCCGCCAUGCGCACCACCGACAACAGUGUCGCCGCGCAUCUCAUGCGCCAGUUUACGUUGGAGCAUUGCCAUGAUGAAUGGAGGUCCAUUGAGUUCCUUCUGAAUAGAUGAGACUGCAUGUGA